CACCUAUGAAGGCCGGCACGGCGAACCGAUGAUGGGGUGGGUGGUCAACAGCACGCCAGGCCGCCUUUGUCUCUCAUUCACGAAUAAUUCCUUCAGACUAUAUAGAAGGCUGCUUGGCUUGCAGUUGGAGCAGGAAUUGUUGGCGCAAGGCACUACCACUCGGGUGUAAGGACCCGGGUGACCGCAAGCCGCGACACUGGGAGUCGAGACGUUCAUCAUCGUGCCUGGAACUGAACCAAAAACAUUCGAGAGGCGUCCCGGAUCUCUUGCGCCGCUGUGGGGACACGCGACCGGGCAGGCUCGGGUGGUCGCCCGCUGGCGUCUGCAGCCUCACGAGGCCGCCACAGGCUUCACUCGGCGGCGACGCCGGCGAGCCGGGGUGGGGCGGCGGGGAAGGGCUCUUCGUGUCGCCGCUCGUGACGGCCAGGAGAUCGUCCUGACAAGUCGUCCGAUACUCCUGUGACCGCCAAACGGGGCGUGCGCGUGAGCGCCAGAGCGGACGCGAGCGCUUUGUUGCGGACCGCACGCUUGCAACGCGCUCGUUCUCGCUUCGGCGCGAAGGCAAUUUAACCAAAUUGCAGCAGCUUUAUCCUCAAAGCAAAGUAUAAUCACAUUCGAACCAAAUUAAAUUUUAUUGACCAAAUUCUCGUCCUAUUUAUUUGAACGAAUCUCAUAAUCUGACCACAUAUAUAGAUAUUAUGUUAUUUUAAUUUGAACGUGAACACUGUGAAUUGUAGUACCGUUUCAUCGAACCUGAUCUCCACAAAAAAUACCAAACCGAACCUCGCCAAACCUCACGCAGCUCAAUCCCAUCGAACCUAACCUCCUCAAAAACCCAACGUUCGACCGAUCCCACCGUCUCCCCGCCCCGGUGUCGCUCCAACAAAGAGUCGGCCCGGCAGCCUCUCCGCAUCGCUCCUCAUCCUCCUGCACGAUGCCUCCCCCGUCUCUUACGCCGCCGCCGUUGCUGCCGCUGCUGCCCCUGCUGCCGCUGCUGCUGCUCCUGCUGCUGUGCGCAUCGCCGUGCCCGGCAUCCCAGCAGCAGCACGACGACCGCGAGCUGUUCGCGGUGACGCGCGCCGGCCGCGUCAUGGGCCGCCGCGCGCCCGUCCUCACCGGCUCCGUCGUCGUCUUCUCGGGCAUCCCCUACGGUGAACCCCCGGAGGGCGAGCGCCGCUUCCUGCCCCCGGAGCCGCGCAAGCCUUGGCCCGGCACCCUGCGCGCCACGCAGCCGCCCCACUCGUGCUUCCAGUACGUGGACAUGGCCUUCCCGGGCUUCUGGGGCACCGAGAUGUGGAACGCCAACACGCCCAUGAGCGAGGACUGCCUGAUGCUCACCAUCUGGGUGCCCUCGCCGCGCCCACGCAACGCCAGCGUCAUGGUGUGGAUCUACGGCGGCGGCUUCUUCUACGGCACCUUGUCGCUAGACGUCUACGAUGGCAAGUACUUGGCCUACAGCGAGGGUGUCGUGGUGGUCUCCAUGAACUACCGCGUGGGCGCCCUCGGCUUCUUGGCUCUGCCCGGCAGCGCCGAGGCGCCGGGCAACGCGGGCCUCUUCGACCAGCAACUGGCGCUGCGCUGGGUGCACGAGAACGCGGAGGCGUUCGGCGGCAACCCGGCGUCGGUGACGGUGUUCGGCGAGAGCGCCGGCGCCGCAUCCGUGGGGCUGCACAUGCUGUCGCCGCGGAGCCGGCGCUACGUGACGCGCGCCAUCCUGCAGAGCGGCGCGCCCAAUGCGCCCUGGGUGACGAUCAGCGACGAGGAGGCGCGCCGGAGGACGCGGGUGCUCGCCGCCGCCCUCUCCUGCCCCACGGGGGACGACGCGGAGCUGGUGCGCUGCCUGCACGCGUGCCCACCGCAGCAGAUCAUCGACAACGAAUGGAGCGUGAUCGGUGUGACGAGCGUCUUCCGCUUCCCGUUCGUGCCGGUGGUGGACGGCGACUUCAUCGCCGAGGCGCCGUCCACGCUGGUCGACCGCGGCGCCUUCAACCACACGGACCUGCUGGUGGGCGUCAACCUCAACGAGGGCUCCUUCUUCCUCGUCUACGACGUGCCGGGCUUCAGCAAGGACGCCGACAGCCUGAUCACACGCGAGCAGUUCCUGCAGGCGGUCGACAUAUGCCUGCCGUACAUCAGCGACCUGGGCCGCGAUGCCGCCGUGCUGCAGUACACGGACUGGAACGACGAGCACGACCGCGUGAAGAACCGCGACGCGCUCGACGCCAUGGUGGGCGACCUGAACGUGGUGUGCCCCGUGCAGGAGGCCGCCCGGAUCCACGCGGCCCGUGGCGGCACCGUCUACGUGUACCGCUUCGAGCACCGCGCCUCCAACAUGGCGUGGCCCGAGUGGAUGGGCGUCCUGCACGGCUACGAGAUCGAGUUCGUGUUUGGCCUGCCCGUCGACCAGGGCCUCAACUACACGGCCGACGAACUUGCGCUCAGCCGAAACAUCAUGCGCUACUGGGCCAACUUCGCCAAGACCGGGAAUCCGGCUGGACUGGGGGGCACGGAGUGGCCCACCUUCUCCGCGGAGAACCCCCAGUUCAUGGCCCUGGGGGGGUUCUCCGCGCGCGUGCAGACGGGGCUCCGCUCGCAGCAGUGCGCCUUCUGGAACCGCUUCAUGCCCAAGCUGAUGCAGAGCACCGCCACGCUGGACGAGGCCGAGCGCCAGUGGAAGGAGGAGUUCUCCCGCUGGAGCGGCUACAUGCUGGACUGGAAGUCGCACUUCGACCACUUCAGCUCCAAGCGAGAGGAGUGCGCGCGUGGCCUGUGAGGCGUCUCGAUGAGGGGGACGGCUGGGGGGGGUGGUGGGGGGAGAUCAGUAACAUUGUUAACAUCAUCAUCAGAAUCGUCGUCAUCGACAUCACCAUCACCAUCAGUGUGAUCGUCGAUAAUACCACGAGUAUCAUUUGUCUUUCCCCCACACCUCUGAUUGGCGCCGGUGGCUACGUACGGUGCGGCAGAAGUUCGACACACGUACGUACGUCAUUAGUGUCAUCAUCGGCAGCGGUAGCAGCAGACCCAUCAGAGCGAGCUGUCUCUCCAACGAGCAGUCCCCCUAAAAAUCGAUUCGCUCGAACCACGGGCGUCGCCGCGGGUUAGUUGGUGUGACGUCCGCAGCCACUAGGGGCCGCUAUGCUCCUCGUGUUUUAGUGAAUACGCAACCCCUCCCCCCAUCCGAACUGCGGCGGAUCAGCGAAGCGCUACGCCGGAGGGUCGUGAGGUUCCCUGCGGUGGAUGAAUCCACAGAGCAUUACCGAUUUUAUCCACCCUGGGGGGAUGAGGAUGAUGAUGGAAUGAGUUGAUUCCCAGCUGGGGAAUGAUAACUCGCGACGUUCUGAUUGUGAGUCGUGUGCUCAGAAUGCCACCGCCCGUGUUGUACGCGUGUGCUCAUCGGAGAAACGCGCACACACCUACAGUUAUAACUGUGAAUUUUAUUAUCAUGAUUUUUGCGGCUCAAAUUUGGCAUCUACCUGCAUAGGCUCGGUAAACAUGCCAACGUUGGGCCAAAGUUGGGCCAACGUUUAGCAUGCGCGCGAUCAACAAUCACGAUGAUGGUGGCGACGAUGUUAUUUAACGAUCCCCGACUCUCGCAGAGGCAGAGUUGCAAGGGUCAUAAACACGCAGAGACCAUGAGAGGGACGGCCAUGAGCUGGGAGUCCACCCCCCGUGGCUUUCCACUUCCACGGCGGAGUCGAUCUGACGACCCCGAGGGGAUUCUCGCGGUGCAACUCCUAGCGUGGGCCAACCCAUCGAGUCAACCUGAAUUCCAGUCAUAGGGAAUGGGGGCAUCGGUGGGGGUGUGGGGGGUGUGGGGGGUGUGGUGGGGGUGUGGAGUACGUGGGGUGGAGUGGAAUCGACCAAUGAGAGAGGUUCAACUGUGAAACGCGACCAAUAUCGCGAGCUCACAAUUGAUUGAAUACCUCGCGAUCAAUGCUCGGUCAGGAUGUUCAAAGAGUCCAAUCCAUUUAUACGAUACAUGUUUUUUUUUUGGUCUCUUGAAAGA